AUGACUGAAAUAGUUCGCUGCAUGAUUGGAGAAGAGGCUGCUAAGAAAAUUGCAACUGUUCAAUGCUCCAACAACACUAUAUCUGAUCGGAUACAUAAAAUUUCGGACCAUAUUGAAGAUCAACUAAUAAAAAGGUUGAAAAGUUGUAAGUUGUUUGCUAUUAAACUUGACAAAAGCACUGACGUUGCUGGACUUUCAAUACUGCUUGUUUUCGUGAGGUAUAUUUUUGAAACAUCUAUCGAAGAAGAUUUAUUGCUUUGUACUCCUUUGGACACAAAUACCACAGGUGAAGAAAUUUUUAAAGUCAUCGAUAGUUAUAUGAAUAAACAUCAGGUUGAUUGGGUUAAAUGUAUCGAUGUAUGUAGCGAUGGAGCUGCAGCUAUGGUUGGAAAAAUUAAAGGAACCGUGACAAGAAUAAAAAAUGUCGCACCAAAAUGUCAUAGUAGUUAUUGCGUUUUACAUCGCCACGCUCUUGUUAGUAAGAAAAUGCCAUUGGAGUUAAAACAAGUUCUUAAUGAGGCUGUAUGUAUUGUAAACUAUAUUAAGAGUCGUCCACUCCAGUCUAGACUUUUUAAAAAAGUAUGUGAAGAAAUUGGUAGUCAGCAUUAUUCAGUUCUUCUUCACACUGAAAUCAGAUGGCUUUCAAGAGAAAAGUAUUUUCCUGCUACUAAUAAUGACGUUGAUUGGAUACAAAAUCCUUUUAUGAACCAAAAAAAACCUGCAAUGUUAUCCAUGCUCGAAUAUGAGCAGUUAAUUGAAAUUAAAAGCAUGUCAUAUUUAAAACAGAAAUUUGAAUCUGGAUCUCUCAACGAAUUUUGGAUUGAACUUAAGGACGAGUACCCAUCUCUAGUUGAAAAAACUAUUUUUACUCUAUUACCGUUUGUAACAACCAUUGUGAGGCUGGUUUUUCCUCUUAUGCGUAUACAAAAAAUAAAUACAGAAAUAGAUUGA